AUGUCGAACAUGAGAGGUUACUCGGAGGAGGAGGAGAUGCUGGACAUUGGCACGUUUCAGCGAAGAGAGCAGCAUCAUCCCUACCAACAGCAGCAAGCCUACAUUGAAGAGCUUUACACAACGCCAGGACGAGGAACUCCGACACCAACUCCUGGGGCCGCGAGACCAAACUCUUAUUCGCGGCCCAACUCGUCGCUCUAUGCCGAAGAAUAUGUUUCUCCAGGCUGGCCGCCUUCAAUCGUUGGACGUUCAGAAUCUCAAACGCUGGUGGACAGCACGGCCGGAUCCCGUGCCAGCGUACGCUCAUGGAAAACUGGGCAACAAACCCCAGUAGAUUCGCUAGCCUCGACUCGUUAUGGUAUUCCAUUCCACUCAGACUCUGGCCCAUCGACUCCCAUGAAUCAAAGUCACAUUAGCCUGACCGGCUUGCUAAAGACAGCUCAACCACCGGCCGGCGCUAAAGACUGGGUUGACCGCGAGACCAUCGACGUCGUACACAAGCGAGACGAUAGCGACAUCUGGAAAGGUUGGAGACGCCAUCUGUACAAAUUGGUUCCCUUCUUGACUCUUGCCAACACCGGCUUGUACCUGACCUACUUGGCCUUGCGUAUUGCCUGUGUUAUUUGGGCUCAACAAUCGCUGAACACGGUGUAUUACGCGGCCUGGGUUUUCACUGCCGUCGAGAUUUCAGUGGCUAUUCCUCCCUUGAUGCACAAUAGCUGGACAAUGAUGUCCAUGAAGAAGCGAUAUAGACCUAAGCUCCGGUUGAGGGGCUACGACGUUCCCACUGUUGAUGUCUUUGUCACUUGCUGCGGCGAAGAUGAUGACCUGGUCAUGGACACGGUUCGAGGCGCCUGCGAUGUUGAUUAUCCAUCCGACAGGUUCCGCGUCAUCGUUCUGGAUGACGCCAAGUCCGAGACUCUCGAAGCUGCCAUUUGCCGCCUGGCCGUGACCUACCCAAAUGUCAUCUAUAUGUCGCGUGAGAAGAUUCCGGGAAAGCCACAUCACUUCAAGGCCGGCAAUCUCAACUACGGUCUUGAUCAAACUCAUCUGCUCCCCGGCGGCGCCGGCCAAUUCAUGGCUGCAUUGGAUGCUGAUAUGAUCCCCGAGCGCGACUGGCUUCGAGCCGUGCUGCCUCACCUCCUCGUCGACCCCAAAAUGGCCCUGGCUUGCCCUCCUCAGUUGUUCUACAACACUCCACCCUCGGAUCCUCUCUCUCAGAGUCUCGACAUAUUCGUGCACGUGAUUGAGCCUAUUAAGGAUGCCAUGGGCGUGGCCUGGUGCACUGGUUCUGGUUAUGUGGUCCGACGUGAGGCUUUGGAUGAGAUUGGCAACUUUCCUCUCGGAUCGCUGGCUGAAGACGUCGCCACUUCGACCCUCAUGCUUGGAAGGGGAUGGAAGACGGCCUACGUUCAUGAACCCUUGCAGUUUGGCACGGUUCCCGAAGAUUUCGGAAGUCACUUGAAGCAGCGUACCCGAUGGGCCAUUGGCACUGUUGACACGUCGUUCAAGCUCAAGUUUUGCCUGUGGGGUGAAAAGGUUCGUCAGAUGACUUGGGUUCAGCGCUUCUCCGGCUUCCUGUACGCCACCCUCAACCUGCACACAAUUAUCCUCUCGAUUUCGAUGUUUGCUGUUCCCGUCAUCUUGGUCCUCGGCAAACCGCUCGUUGCGUACGCGACCGAGGAACAGCUUCGGUGGCUGAUACGUGCCUGCUUCGCCGCGACAAUCAGCAAUCGUUUGUGCGAGUUUGUCCUCUUCGCGCCCGCAGGUUACCACACUGGGCAACGUGGAUCCCGGGCCCAGUUUUGGAUGUCGCCGUACAUCGCUCUCUGCAUCGUUCGUGCGUUCAUGCUGCCCAAGUGGCUGGGAGGCAAGGCGCAGGCUUUCAAACCCACCGGUUCCCUUGCCUCUGCAUUGAACGAGCGGGACCCAGCUCUGAAGAAAAACAUGCUCAAGCGUCUGUGGACCAUCCUGAUUAGCUACAUGGGUCUUUUCCACCUCGGCUUUGUGUACCUGACUCUGGUGGGCGUGGUGCUGUCUUCGUACCGAUGCUUCGUCCUUGUCUCGACGUCGGACUUGCGGUCUCUGCUCAUCUGCUUGAUCACACACGCAUUCUGGCCGCCGUUGACGUUUAUCUUCAUUUGCAACUCUCUGUGGACUCCCAUUGCGUACGCAAUUGACCCACCUCAGAUGCCCGAACGCGAGCAGCUCCUCAUCCGCGAUCCCAAGACCUUGGUCGCACACCCAACGCCCAAGAGCAAGAAGAUUGCCUUUGGUGGGCAGGCUGCCUGGUUCGAGUUUGAACUGACGCUGUCGACCAUGUAUACAUGCUUGUGCUUCGUGGCUUCUUUUAUGUUUUGA